GUGACAUUCACGUGACAUAUACUCAGCCCACGCAGUCGACCGAGCAGAGCAGUCAGUGUCAGAUUGAUGAGCGAUCCACAGAACACAUCCGAUACACAAUAUACAGAGUAUGCUGGGCAGCAUGAGGCCAUACAGCACGAACAGAAGCAUGUUCACGACGUUUAUCAGGCAAUUGCACCGGGUUUCUCAGCAACACGCCGGAAGCCGUGGCCUUCCGUUGUGAAUUUUCUUAUGAAGCAGCCAAAAGGUGCACUUGGGCUUGAUAUUGGCUGUGGCAAUGGCCGCCAUCUCUCUGUACGCUCAGACAUCAUUCUUAUUGGCCUCGACAGAUGCGAGGCGCUAGUGCGUCGGACGGUUAGUGCGUCGAACACAGACGUGCUCGUUGGCGACGGGUUGUCAGUGCCAAUGAGACCGAUAUUUGAUUUUUGCUUGUCAAUUGCAGUGAUUCACCACUUUUCAACGGAAACACGGCGAAUUGCAGCAUUACGUGCAUUAUUAGAAGUACUUCGGCCAGGAGGAAGUGCGUAUAUAGUUGUAUGGGCGCUGGAACAAGCAGAUUCUCGCCGAGGAUGGGAUGCAAAUGACAAACAAGACAUCUUUGUACCAUGGAAAAGAAACGAAGGAAAAGGUUCAUCAGAACAUAAAGAACGGUAUUAUCAUUUAUUUCGAAGUGGAGAACUUGAAAGAUGUAUUCGUACAGCCGGCGGCACGGUUAUUGCUAGCGGUUUCGAGCGUGAUAAUUGGUGGGCACAAAUGGGGAAAUUUUGAGGGUUAAAAAAAAAUAAAAAGAAAAUAUAGUAGAAUUAACAGAAAAGAAGCAGAAAUACCUAAAAU